CCCACUCCUCACUCGGGCGGUGGAGCAGCAGGAUCAGAUCCAAAGGUCUUGACUGCCACUCGCGGGUCCAUGUACGAAAUCAUCCUCAACCGCCCCAAAGCCAUCAAUGCUCUUGACUCGGAGAUGGUGGCUGGCAUUCGGGGUGCAGUAGACCAGGCGGGCAGGGACAAGCGUCGCUCCCUCAUUCUCCUCCGCCCAGGGGAAGAUGCUAGAGGCCUGUGCAGUGGUGGCGAUGUCCUCAAGGUCGUCAAUUUCGCAAAUGGCAAGAGCGAUGAGGACAAGGCUGCCGCCCUCGCCUUCUUCAAAGAAGAAUUCAGCCUGGACUGGGUUCUGGCCAAGAUCGGCGAAGAGGUCAGCUCGGGUGAAAGUCGAAGUGCGAGACCCAUCGUUGCAGUCAUGGACGGUAUCACAAUGGGUGGUGGCGUAGGCCUUUCGGUUCACGUUCCCUUCAGGAUCGCAACAGAACGGACAAUGUUCGCCAUGCCCGAGACUGGCAUUGGCUACUUUCCAGAUGUCGGUGUCACGCGCGUACUGUCCAGGCUCGACGGUAGGGUGGGCAGCUACCUCGGAACAACAGGAGACAGAAUAUCUGGACAGGAGGCCUACGCGCUGGGUCUCGCUACCCACUUCCUCCCAUCUUCGUCGCUGCAGCGCCUCUACGAUGCACUGGGCUCCCUGUCUCCCGAGGCUACAGCCGAGCAAGUGGCAUCUGUCCUCGACGACUUCUCCGUCGAUCCCUUUGAUGCUGCGACUGCCAGCUCUGGAAAGAGCCCGCUCGACAAUUCUGCUCUGGUGGGCAAUACGAGGAUCAUGCUGGAUUAUGUGUUCAGCCACCCCUCCAUGGAAGAUGUCUUUAAGUCCCUCGAAGAUCUAUCGAAAGCUUCGUCAGUCGAAGAGGUCAACUCGAGCGCCACUGGAAGAGCUCUAGCAAAGCAGCUCAAGGCAUCUAGCCUAGAUGAGUCCCUCGCCGGCGAUGAAGUGCGCUCAUGGGCAGCCCGUACCUUGGCUACGCUCAAGUCCAAGUCUCCUCGCAGUCUCAAGGUGACCCACCAGCUGAUCAGCUACGAAGCCAAGCACUACUCUGUCGACGACUCCUUCCGAAACGACAUGCGACUUGCAACCGUCUUUUGCGACCUCUCCGUCGGGAGAGACUUCUACGAAGGAGUUCACCACAUCCUCACCAAGGAUCCAGCGACGAACAAGCGCAGGGAAGGACGUGCGCCAUGGAAGCCGUCUAACCUCGAAGGUGUAGACAACGAUCUUGCUCGCGACCUCUUCUUUGGUUCUCUAGAAGAUGCCGCUUCCAAAGGUGGACUCAAGCUGACCCCACCAGAGCUAGACGUGAUCCCCACUCGUAAAGCACAAGAUCGAUCUGCAAGGCAGAGCGAGGAGGAGGCCAAGCGCGGGCUCGGCCCUCUCGGCUGGCAAGCCCACUUCAAUGUCUUCCACCCUUUACCCUCAGAGGCAGAGCUGGAAGCUCUCCUCCAUGGUUCUCACCCAGUCAGUGGUAAAGUGGUUAGAGAGGUGGCGGAUAUGAUUAGGGCUACGAGGAGGAGAAGAGGGUUGAGUUGUUUUGGUGUGGAGUGGAAGGUGAGGGAGUGGAGGAGGAGG